GUGCCCGAGCCCCCGCUCCCCCGGGGGCCGCGGCGGGACGGGCCGGAGCUGGAGCUGGAGCUGGAGCCGGGCCUCUGGGCACCUGAGGCCGCCGAGCCCGCCCAGGGGCCGCCGCCGUGGUCCCCGCCGGAGCAGGGGAGCUCCCCGACCCUGGGGGUCCCCGCCGAACCCCCGGCCCGGCCGGAGGAGGAGCCGCGCCUCCGCCCCGUCUUCGACGCCCUGGACCGGGACGGCGACGGCUUCGUGCGUGUGGAGGAGUUCGUCCAGUUCGCCACGGCCUACGGUGCCGAGCAGGUAAAGGACCUAACAAAGUACCUCGAUCCGAGCGGACUUGGAGUCAUCAGCUUCGAAGAUUUCCAUCGGGGGAUCAGAGCUAUCAAAAAUGGAGAUCCUGACAGCCAGUUGUAUGAUAUGGGAUAUACCCCUGAGGAGGAAGCCCCAGCCUGUCCUGAUGAGUUUGAUGACUUUGUCACGUUUGAGGCAAAUGAGGUGACUGACAGUGCUUACAUGGGCUCAGAGAGCACAUACAGCGAGUGCGAAACCUUCACGGAUGAAGACACCAGCACACUAGUACAUCACGAGAUGCACGACGAAGUGGAAACGGACAGUGCCAUCGACUCCACCGUGCACUCGGAGUUCACGGAUCCCAUCGAGGAGCCGGAGCAUGGAUCCCAUCCGCACGACCUGCCCCUUGGCUCGGACCUCAGCCACUCCAUCGUUACAGUCAUUAGCGGAGAGGAGCAUUUUGAGGAUUACGGAGAAGGGAAUGAAGCAGAUUUGUUCUCGGACAGCUUGUGUAAUGGGGAAAGCAGCUUUAAUAGCUCCUCGUUCCUCUCUCCCAGCACCAAUCCGCUCGCUGCGAAACUGCACAGCAUUAUCGCAGAUGAAGCAUUUGAGUUUUACUGUAGCCAGUGCCACAAACAAAUCAACCGCCUCGAGGAUCUUUCUACUCGCCUGAAUGAUCUUGAAAUGAAUAGUCCAAAUAAAAGACUCUCAAGCAAGAAGGUGGCAAGACAGUUGCAUCAGACGAGCGCGUUGUCCGUGGGCGUGAUGGAGGAGUCUUACCAGGAUACGCUGGAGUGUACGGAAGAGGACAUCACGGACAAGGUGGUCUUUCUGGAGAAGCGAGUGACGGAGCUGGAGAAGGACACGGCCGCUAACGGCGAGCAGCACAGCCGCCUCAAGCAGGAAAACCUGCAGCUCGUGCACAGAGCAAAUGCUCUCGAGGAACAGCUGAAGGAGCAGGAGCUGAGAGCUGACCAAACACUCCUGGAGGAGAUCAAGAAGCAGAGGGAGCUGCUGAGCAAAAUGGAGAGGGAGAAGAGCAUUGAGAUUGAGAACCUGCAGGCCAGGCUGCAGCAACUGGACGAUGAGAACAGCGAGCUGAGAUCCUGUGUCCCUUGUUUAAAAGCUAACAUUGAAAGACUUGAGGAGGAGAAGCAGAAGCUGCUGGAUGAGAUCGAAGACCUCACUGUGCAGCUCACAGAGGAGCAGGAGAAAAAGAGGAAGAUGGGGGACAAGCUGAGUCAGGAGAGGCACCAGUUUCAGAAGGAGAAGGAGUCGACGCAGGAGCUCAUCGAGGACCUCAGGAAGCAGCUCGAGCACUUGCAACUCUUCAAACUGGAAGCUGAGCAGCGAAGAGGCAGGAGCAGCAGCAUGGGGCUCCAGGAGUACAACAGCAGGACGCGGGAGACGGAGCUGGAGCAAGAGAUCAAGCAGCUCAAGCAGGAUAACAGGAACCUGAAGGAGCAGAACGAUGAACUGAACGGACAGAUCAUUAACUUGAGCAUCCAGGGAGCCAAGAACCUCUUCUCGGCGUCCUUCUCUGAAUCCCUGGCAGCGGAGAUCAGCUUGGUCUCCAGAGACGAGCUCAUGGAAGCAAUUCAAAAGCAAGAGGAGAUCAACUUCCGCCUGCAGGAUUACAUCGACAGGAUCAUCGUGGCCAUCAUGGAGACGAACCCCUCCAUCCUGGAAGUUAAGUAAGGGCGGCCGAGAGCCGCCGGCUGUGCGCUCGUCGAUGGGUGUGGAUUUGGUGCUCUGAGAGGAUAAAGAGGGACUCGAAACGUCUUUGCUCUUGAUGAAGGCACAAGGAAGCAUCGCGUCAGGUCGGUGGGUGAAUUAACCAGCGGACUGGGGAAAAGAAAACCAGCAGCAAGGUUUUGUUGUCUGACUCCGUUAUUUUGAAACCCUUCUGGUUUGGAGGGGUGAAAGGGAACCUGGAGAAGAAACACAGGCAACGGACAGCUGGAGGAAGCUACCCCUGAAGCUGGGAACUGUCCCGACAGCGGCGUCAGACCCUCUGGCGUGCGGGGUGCCAACAGGAGCUUGCCACCACGAGGGCUGUAAGGAGAGGGUUUCUCUGAACUGCGGGAUAACGGGAUGGAGAAGGAAGCAGCAGCGCUGACGUUUUCCCUUGCUGCCCUGUCCAGCCCAAGUAUCUGCUUUGCCAAAGUGUCCCUGACACACUCACUCACUGGGGCAGAUCUGGGAAAGAGGGAAACGUGUCCUGGACUUGUAGAGGGGGUUUUUUCUUGGGUUUGGGUUUUGUUUUUUUUUUUUUUAAUUAACUUAAUGCAAAUGUCCUCAUUCAGCUGACGCAGUUAAUCCUUGCCCUGCCGCUUCUGCUCGGGAAGGGGUUGCGUGCAGAGAGCUAGCUGGCUCCUCUCUCGCUCGCCGGUGGCAGAAAGAGGCAGGGGAGCGGCUGUUUUUGGGACAGGGCGUAAGCGCACUUUGUCACCUGCCUCCUUAUUUAUUUUUGCUGUCCGUGGCUCACUACCGUCGGCACGCCUUGGCGUUCACGGCUCCGCUGCCCUCCUCCCCGCUCCCGGCUCUUCUGCCGGCUGCCACGGCGUCUGCGGGUGUCUGUUGAGCCGGGCUGGCUCUGGGAGGAGAGGUCCCCUCGGCCCCAGCUGCAGACACACGGGUGCUGUCUGUCCAGCCUGCAGGGACUGGGGGAAAGGCUGUGACUCUUCAACUUGCACUGGAGGCUGGUCCUGGCCGCCUCUCCCCAUCCCAGCUCGGCUCGUCUGGCCCGGCGCGGGGAUACGCAGCGGCCGAGGGAGGUCGGGGAGCUGCAGCGGAGAGGGCUGAGCUCUCAGUCUUGCCUCCCAAGGUCCCUGGCCUGUGCCAUUCCCAGCCGGAGCAGGGCUCUGCUGGUGAUAGCUUCAGUCCUGGAGGGAGAGCCUGCUCCGGCCGCCUUUCCCUGCUGUUUCCCUGUGCUGCGGCAGGGGAUGGAGCAGCCGCUCUCAUUUCUCAGCCGCUGGCAUCAGCCUGGGCUUUCUCCAUGCCGUUGCGGAGAGGAGACCCGAGAAUACAACAGCAGCAGCUCCCUGGGAAACAAAAGCCAUGUUUACAUCAGACAGCUUUUGGCUUGCUGGUACAAGCGGCCGUGGCGUAGCGUGACCCUGGGGAGCAGCGGCUUGAACCCACCGCUCCUCUCCGGCUCCCGGGAGGAGACAGCCAGCAGACUCCCAAGGAUCCGGCUUCGUUUAGUACAUCAGGGCCCCAAAAAGCGGUUCUUUUUUCCUGCUUGUCAGGUUUUAGAAAUGCCAGAGUGGCCUGAAAACAGAAGCCCCGGCGAUCCCUUGGCUGCCGGCGGGGGGAUGCCUGCUCCUCCCCAAAACGCUUCCACGCACGCGGCACAUCUCUCUUCCCGCGGUGGCAGAGCAGCCAGCUCGCCGUUUGUCCCGGGAGGGUGCCGCUGGCCGGGAGAGGUGGCAGUUGCCGCAGCCUUAGUCCCUGCCGGGGGGGUCCCCGGUGGCUCACGGGUCCCCUGCGCUGCCGGCCCCGGGGCCGAGACCCGGAGCUGGCCGAGCCACCGCCGCCGCCGCCACCAUGACCCUCCCUCUUCCACCCUCUCUUUAAACACAUCGCCUCUGGGUGCUCAACCUCCCGCGGCCUUGUGCGAGGUGCAGCGGGGUUGGGGGCGAGCCCCAAAAACCUUGGGCGAGGGGGGGCACCCAGCGCUCCCGCACCCAGCUCCCGUACACCCAGCCCUCCCCGGCAUCCACUCCCCUCCCUGCCCCGAGUCCGCGGGAAGAAGCCACGUAAUGUACAUUUCCAGAGAAGCUUUGGGUGUAAAUCAGUGUAUACUUGGAGAGGGAAAAUUUUUCUAUCUUGUAGAGUAGGUAUUUUUAUAGAAUGAAGGUUGAUCAUUUUUUUAAUACUUUAAAGAAGAGAGAAAUGUAUCUGUGUAUACACAAAAGCAUAUAUAUAUAUAUGUAUAAAUAUAUAAAUAUCGGAGAUCUGCCUUUCUUGACUCGGGAUCACGGAUCCCCAGUUCUCAAACAAUCGUCUUUUUUUUUUUUUUCCUGUCGCUCACAAAGAGGUACUGUAACUGUAAAUAAGCACCGGGAAAAAGUUUUAAGCAAACAAAGCACUGACUUGCACAUUCACCAUGCUUUAAAGUCCCUAUGGAAAAAAAACAAAACAAAAACUGUACUUCCCGAAAAUGUUCCUCUUUCCCCACCGGUAUGUGAAGGAAGUCCCAAAAAAAGAGGCAAAAACAGUAUUGUCUUAAAUGAUGUAUCAAUUCUUGUCAGAUUAAAAGCUGUUACUAUUCC